AUGAUUGACUUCGUCAGGUGGUGUCGCAGGCAGACCGCAACACGCGGUCCGGAAUUGCCAAAGACCAACGGGGCUACUGGGGACCCGAGCUGCCUCCAAUCGCUACCUACAACAGAAGACAACAUUAGCCUGGGGACUGGAGCGAUCGACCGUGAUCCCGUGUACGGCGACCCGAUUAGUGGACCAAGAAAGAGACGCCGAAGCUACAGCCACAGCCACGGGGAUAAAGAUCGCGAGCGGCCUGUCGAAGCGCCACACUCGAUUCUGGGAAACUCAAAGAAGCGGCGACCCAACUCCUCCUCCUCUCGUAUCAAGGAUUCCGAACGCUGGGGCGACGAACGCCCUUCUAGCUUCGUAUCCGAUUCCAAUGUAGAGAAAAGUGAUGACCCCUCGAGUGGUAUCCGCCCCGCGUCGGUGUCGUUAAUGAAUUUAUCUGAAGGGACAGCUUCAGCAGAGGAGAAGUUAGUUUCUAAAUACGAAGAUACACUGAAGGGAAAUGAGAAGGAGUGGUAUCUCCGUCUUCAGAGACUUAUGAAUACGAUUCGGGAAAACUCAAAGGAGCGGCGACCCAACUCCUCCUCCUCUCGUAUCAAGGAUUCCGAACGCCGGGGCGACGAACGCCCUUCUAGCUCCGUAUCCGAUUCCAGUAUAGAGAAAAGCGAUGACCCCUCGAGUGGUGUCCGCCCCGCGUCGGUGUCAUUAAUGAAUUCAUCUAAACGGACAGCUUCGACAGAGGAGAAGUUGAUUCUUAAAAACAAAGAUACACUGAAGGGAAAUGAGAAGGAGUUGUAUCUCCGUGUUGAGAGAUGCGUGGAUACGAAGAUGUAUCAGGAUGGUGCUUGGGAGACGAACGUGACCAGCAUAUGGGAGGAAGAGGCUGCAAAACUCCAAGCUGAGAAGGAGGGGGUGGUUGCAAAGCUAGCAUCUCCAAGUAUCACUGCCAAUAUGACCGAAGUAAGAAAGGCCCCAUCAAAAAAGCAGGUCACUUCGCUUGAGCGCCGUCAAGAGCGAGCCCGCCAAAGUCUAAUGAGAGUCUGCAAAACGCAUAUUAGAGAAUGGUAUAAGCUCGAUGGGCUUUCGCCAGACGAAUUAGCUAAAAGAGUCAAUUAUCUUCUGGACGAAGAACGCUUUCAAUCUCCAGAGGACCAUUACGACGAUAGCAAGGGUCAUCCAUCAUUUCGUUUCCACGCCCCACAGCUACGGAAGCUGACCGUUGAGAGGUUCUUUGCAAAGCCACAAGCCUCUGGACGUAAAGAUCCGACGUUAGCAAAGAUCUACGCUUAUGGUAAAGCACCCUGCAUCUAUGCAGCAACAGUCCAUCAGUGCCUCACGGCUUGGAGAGAUGGAAGCUUUGAUAAGAGCAUCAAAAACACAAAAGCAGUAAUGAACAAGAUUUUGCAAAAGCAGCUAGCAACUUGGAACAACCUAUCAGACAACUAUCGGGACAAUGUCUGUAGGGGUUUAAAGCAGAGUAUGCUGGAGGCGGUGCCUGAGAACGACAGAUGGGAAACCCUGGUUCAACCACGACGUGAGCCUACAGAUUGCGCCAACUUAGAUCGAGCUCAACACACAUACUGA